AACAAAGUUUCGACUUUCCAGGAAGGUUGGGCUAUCGUCGAUCCGAUCUGCACGCUUCUCUUCUCUGUAAUUGUGCUAUGUACUACUAUUCACAUCCUUAGAGAUGCAUUGGUUGUUUUACUCGUAAGGUAUCUGAUUUAUUUCCUCUUUGUAACCCCAACAACAACACCCCAACUCCUUUUUUUCGCCUUACAUGAGCUAUGUCACUCCAUAAUGCUUAUGUCGAGCAAGAAUAAGAAAAGCUUUUUAUUUCCAGGCAGACCGAGCAACAUUGAUUUCUCGCACGUCUUCACUUCAUUGGAACAGAUCCAAGGUGUCAAGAAAGUCCAUGAUUUACGGAUAUGGGCUCUCACGAUGGACAAGGUUGCCGUCUCUGUUCAUCUUGAAGUGGCUCAACCGCAAAACGCUCAAUCUGUUCUCCGAGACACAAGAACGAUGCUGAAAAGGGUCUACGGCGUUCAUGAAAGCACGAUUCAAAUCGAAGGAUUCAUAGCCGAAAAAGACUGCAACCGAUGUGAUGUGCCGAAAUGA